UUGCAAUAUUUUGUAAAUUCAAAACUCUCUCUCUCUCUCUCUCUCUCUCUCUCCCCCAUGUUUUUCUUUCAUUUCCACUGUUGAUGCUGCUAUUACUUACAAGCCAUCUUGCAACACAUCCCAAGGUCAUGGGUAAAUUCUUCCCUAUAACGGUGAAGUUUGAACCUGACGUUACCGACUCUGAACUAAAAUCACAAUCUUUCUUGGAUUUCUGCCUCUACUCGGUUUGAAAAGUUUUGUGCUAGGGUUGUGUUAGACACUAUAUGUCAUUCAGCAUCUUGAUUGAUACAAAUGGGUUGUGGAAGUUGGUUUAAGGCAAUAAUUAGCCCAAAGAAAGCCAAGGUAAAAUCAGCUACCAAAAAAUCAAAUGGAUCAAAUGGGGGAGGUGUCAAUGGUGAAGUAUCCAAUAAUGUUGCCAAUGGUAGUUCCAGCAGAGACGGUGGUGUUUUUAAAAUGCGCAGGGAGGAUGUUGCUGCCACGCGGAUUCAAACUGCAUUUCGGGCAUUUAUGGCAAGGAGAGCUCUACGCCAUCUUAGAGGAACAGUGAGAUUUAACUCCUUGAUCGAAGUUAAUAAUGCUGCAAUGCAGACAUCAAACACUUUGAGCCAUAUACAUUCUUGGAGCAGAAUUCAGGCAGACAUUAGAGCUCGCCGACUAUGCAUGGUGGCAGAAAGCCGGAUAAGGAAAAAGAAAUUAGAAAAUCAGUUAAAACUCGAGGCUAAGCUUCAUGAACUACAGGUGGAAUGGUGUGGUGGCUAUGAAACCAUGGAGGAAAUUCUCUCUAGGAUACAACAGAGAGAAGAAGCAGCCAUUAAGCGCGAGCGAGCCAUGGCAUACGCCUUCUCUCAUCAGUGGAGGGCCAACUCUAGUCCAUACUUUGGUCAGGCUUAUUAUGAUCUUGGCAAAGAGAGCUGGGGUUGGAGCUGGAUGGAGCGCUGGAUAGCUAUUCGCCCAUGGGAGGCUCGUGUUCUUGCACCUACCGUACUUCCAAAGAAAGUUCAGACCAAGCAGGGAAGCAAGGUAGGUAAAACUACAAACCGGUCGCCAACCAAAAUCUUGGUUUCAGUCAAACCUAUUUCAUCAAAAUGGGAAGGGAACUGCGAGAGCAAGAGAAUCAAACAGAACAACGUAGCUGCUGAGACGCAAGCUCCACAAGAGGCAAAUACUGAAGUUUUAAGCUUGUCUCAAGCUGAAAGUAAUAAAACAAGUGCAGAGCAAGAUCAAAUUAUUGCUUAGCAGUUCAAUGGUCUGAACUGUGAAGGUUUUUUUUUUGGGGUCUUUUACUGCCUUCAUUCCUUAUUUUAUCUAUUUGAGAUUGGUGUGGAGAAAUAAGGUUUGGUAUUAAGUAUAUAAAAUUUAAAACAAACCUAAUAUUUGGGAAUGUUCCAA